CUAUAAGCGGAUUUAAUGUUUUGAUAGUGCAUAAUUAUUUUGUACAAUUUGCAACUUUACAUAAACUGAUUAACAAUUCCUGUAUUUCGCUCAAUAGGAGCAAACCUGUAAUACCACUCCACACCUGCAGAUGGCAGCAAUACCGCUACUGAUUCACCACCACCGAAGAAGCCGGAGGACCGCACGUGCAGCACAGUGUCAACAUGGGGAAAAAGAGGCAGAAUAAGCAACUUUUCUCAAAUUUAUCCAAAAAACAGAAGAAACACUUGAAGGAAUUCGGAGAGGAGCAUCCAUUUCAUGAUGUAGUCAGUGCAAGACCUGAAAGAACUGAGAUACUGGAACUGCCAGCAAGCCCAGAACAUUCUGACGUUGAGCCUGAUGAGCUGGAGGAUGAGGAGGAGGAGCCAGAGCAGAAAACAGCCUACCAGAAGCUCCUUUCAACUCUCAGCCAACCCACCAAUAAUGACCAGAGUGAAGAGGAGAGCACUGAUGAUGAAGAGGACGAAGAGGAGCUGCUUGUUGAAGGGGACAGCGAUGGAAUUGGUGAUGAAAGCGAGGAAGGUGAUGGAGAUGAAGGAGGAGAAGAAGAACCUGAUGAUGCCGACGAGGCAUUGACUGAGGCGAUAGAAGGGGAAGAGAUAACAAAGAAAGAUGCAGAAGCUGAGGAGUUUGAAGAUAAGGAGCAUGAGUCACAGUUCUGUCUGGAGACCAACUUCAUGGAUGAAGGCGGACAAGACGACACUGAAAGCACUGCAGAGCAGAAAGAUAACAAUGACAUGUUUGUGCAGCAUUUGAACACAGAACUUAGUGAGGACGAUGUGCAGAAGAUAACAUCUGGCAGCAAAGCCAAGGCUCAGAUCACGUGGCCAAAAUUGGGCAAUCUACUCUGUACCAGUCCCCUGGAAAAGUUUGGAACCAUCGGCUCACAGAAAGACACAAACCUCCCAGUUUUCCACAAAGUUUUGGAGACCCGCUGGAAGGAUCUGAACCAGAUCCCUGACCCUAAAGGAGUGGCUGAGGAGAUCAGCCCACUGCAGCUCGAGCUGCUGGCUCUUAUGGGCUCCUACAAGGACCUCUACUACCCAGAGACCUGUCCUCUGAACCAGGGCCCACAGGUUUGCAGUGCAUACUGCCUCCACGUGCUCAACCACGUACUGAAAGCCAACUCUGGGGUCCUGGCCAACAACGCACUGCUGAGGGAGCAGAAAACUCAGGCCAAAGCUGGAGCUGAACCACAGGACGAACCCAGAGACCAAGGACUAACGCGGCCGAAGGUCGUGAUUCUCGUUCCAUUCCGAGGCCGAGCUCUGCGUGUCGUCCAGACGCUCAUCAGCCUCCUGGAGACCAAAGGGAAGAAGAUCGUGGUCAACAACAAGAAGAGGUUCAAAGAAGAGUUUGGAGAGGAAGAAGAUGACAAACCACCCAAUCUGCAGAGACCAGACGAUUACAGGGCCAUCUUCUCGGGCAACGUGGACGAUCACUUCAGGAUAGGCGUCUCCAUCGUGAGGAGCAGCAUACGUCUUUACUCCCCCUUUUAUUCAUCAGACAUCAUCAUUGCGUCUCCACUGGGCCUUCGCACGGUGCUGGGAGCAGAAGGAGAAAGUAAGAGAGACUUUGACUUCCUCUCCUCCAUCGAGCUGCUGGUGGUGGACCAGGCAGAUGUCUUACUCAUGCAGAACUGGGAGCACGUCCUGCACACGAUGAAGCACAUGAACCUGCAGCCACUGGACUCCCAUGGAGUGGACUUCUCCAGGGUGAGGAUGUGGAACCUGAACAACUGGGCCAGACACUACAGGCAGACGCUGGUGUUCAGCUCCAUCCAGGACCCACAGAUCAACAACAUCCUCACCAAGCACUGCGCCAACUACCGUGGACAGAUUGCCACAAAAAACAUGCCAAAAACAGGUUCCAUCUGCCAGGUGCUGGUUCAGCUCCCUCAUGUGUUCCAGAUGUUCUCUUCUGACAGCUUCAUGGACCAUGAUGCUCGGUUUCAGUUCUUUUUAGAUAAAGUGCUACCGCAGUACAGGGACUCGGUCAUGUCCCACACUCUGAUCUACAUCCCGUCUUACUUCGACUACGUCCGGUUGCGAAACUACAUGAAGAAAGAGGAAAUAAACUUCACCAGCAUCUGCGAAUAUUCCAGCAAGUCCGAGGUGUCCCGAGCCAGACACUUCUUCCAGAAAGGGGAUAAACAGUUCCUCCUCUUCACUGAACGCUUCCACUUCUACAAAAGAUACACCAUUAAAGGGAUCCAGAACCUGAUAUUUUAUGGAUUGCCCUCCUUCCCGCACUUCUACAGCGAGGUGUGUAACAUGCUGGCAGCGGGGGGUCAAGGGGAGGAGGCCAGCUACACCUGCACUGCCCUUUACUCCCGCUACGAUGUCCACAAGUUAGCUGCCAUCACCGGAGCUCAGCGAGCCGGACAGAUGCUGAACUCCAAUAAGACUGUUCACCUCUUUGUUACAGGAGGGGAAGAUAAAGCUUCCUGAUGGAGCUGGACAGAUUAAAUAUGGACCACUUAUUAAAACUAUGCCAAAUAUCUACUGUACAUUAUUACAGUAGGAUGACCCCGGAUUGAGACCAGCUAAAAAGAUGUUGAAUGCAGAUCCGUUAUCAUGGAGUACCUGGUUUGACAUCGGAAAAGUUUACCACUUGAAGGUGGAGAUGUUGAGAAUGUUUUCCUUCAUAUAUGGACAGUGUAACAAUUACCCUCAUUCCAUCUACCUCACAUCAUGUUAGAUGUGUUGUAGAUGGAAGCUGUCCAGAAACAUCAAGCCACUAAGUGAAGAGAUCAUAAAACGGUAUAUUGCAUUAUAAAGCUUGUUGGUGAUAACUGAUAAGAUGCAUAAAAAUUCCAUACGUUUCCAGAUUCAGCAUACAGUAGACGUAUUUUAUUAUGUUGAAUAUCUAACCACAUCUACAAGAGUUCAUAUUUGUAGCAAUACCUGUUCUGAAAGUGCUUAAAAAAAGAUCAAUGUCAGUUUUUAUGUCUGUUAUUAUGGUGGCAUAAACAAUAUAAAGUGUUUCAAGUUAAACACGGA